AUGGCGUCGCCGAACCACGGGAAGCCCACGUACAAGAAGGAUACGCAGGUCAACGGCCUCGACGUGAUGCUCUACUUCUGGGACGAGCGCGACGGGAAGGCGUUCAGCGGCUGGUGGUUCGGGCCGAAGGUCGGGGGCGACCAGGUCUGGGCCUACCACCCGCGCAACAUCGCGACCCCGCCGAAGAGCGGCUGGAAGGUGCCCUACGACGGGCCCGUCGACCCAACCUUGGCCAUCGCGGGCGGGGCCGGACAGGCGCAGCAGGGCCAGCAGCAGAAGGGCGGCCCGCAGCAGGGCUGGGGUGCCGCCCAGAAGGGCGGGCCCAAGGGAAAGGGCGGCAAGGAUCAGCAGUCCCAGCAGGCAGAGAUGGCGAGGAAGCGCCAGGAGCAGGCCUCCACGCUGACAAUUCGCAGGGUAAUCACGAAGCUUCGCUCUGCGACGCCUGAGUCCAUAGAUGAAGUAAAGGCGGAGCUCCAGACGACCCUCGCGAAGGAGCUCGGGAACUGCGGCGCUCAGACGGUGAAGAUGCAGGAGGAGGCGGAGAAGGGGGUCCAGAUGGCCACGCAGCGCAUCGAGCAGCUCCUCGCCCAGAAGAGGGAGCUGGAGGCGAAGAAGGCCGCCAUGGAGUUGCAGCGGAAGGAGGCGAGGGAGACUGCUGAGAAGCUCCUGAAGGAGCUCGAGGCACUGGGGGAGCAGUCCGAGACCAUGAUCCAGGAGAUGAAGGAGAAGAGCGAGCCGCUGAAGGAGGCGGCCGAGAUGAGCAUGGCCCUUGUGGAGAAGACGGCCAAGGCCGUUGAGGAGAUGGGCAACAAAGCCAAGGAAAAGGUGAAGUCGGUGGCCGAUUUUCUCAAGGAGAACAGCCAGAAGAUGAUGGUCCCUCCGAAGGAGGGCGCGGUAGACAUCGCCGCCGGGAUCACCAAGGCAUUCAGCAAAAACUCGGAGCACACCCGCGAGGCGGAGAUUGCCAUCAAUUUUGCGAAGGCCACGUUGGCCAAGAUGGCGAGGAAGGCCACGGCAACGAAGAAGAUGGAGGCCAUGUCCGCCACUUUUGCCAAGUUCAACAAGGCAAAGGAUGGCCUCAUGAGCAAGGGCGAGGUCUGCAAACCGAGUUCGUCAAGUUUUUCGAGAACUGCAAGCGCCCGCCGAAGGCCAAGGCGGAGAAGAAGGAGGGCGAGGCCGAGGCCGUCGGCGGCGGCGGCGAGGACGAGCUGGAGCCCGCUCCCACGGCCGAGAGCCUGUCCAAGGUGUUCAAGGGCCUGGACGAGGAUGAGGAGGGCUUCCUCUCCAAAGGCAGCUGGACAAGGGAGAGGUGGUCGAGAUGAUCGAGGCUCCCGUCGAGGAAGGGAAGACCAAGCGCGCAAAGGUGGUCGCCAUCAAGGACGGCGCCGAGGGCUACGUGACCGUGACAGAUGA